UGUACAUAGUGUAAACUCGGUCUAACUCAGCCUGAGCUGUUAGCCUUUGUAGCUAACGUCCAAACAUGCCGCAACUGAGUAGAGACGGGGACGACCUGGGAGCAAACGAUGAGCUGAUCGCCUUUAAAGACGAAGGGGAGCAGGAGGAGAAGCGGAACGUAUCCGCCGAGCGGGACCUGGACGAUGUCAAGUCGUCUCUAGUUAACGAGUCGGAGACCAACAGCAGCUCUGACUCGGAGGCAGACAGACGCCUCCGAACUCCCACAGAUGUGGAGAGAAGUAGAGUCAGACAGUUGGAGGAAGCAAUAAGAAAUCAACAGAGUGCUGGCUUCUUCCAGCCAUCUCCAUAUGUUCGAUAUCCGUUCUUCAUGAUUCCUGACCUGGGGAACCUCUGCAGCCCUUACCUCACUAACGGAGGCCUCACACCGAGCGGUCGGACGUACCUGCCGAUUCAAUGGCCUCUGCUUGACAUACCAGGAAGAGCAGCUAACAGAGACUCUCCGCCUACACCCCUGUCCAACAGCGUCCCUGUGGUGCAGCGCCCCCACAUGACCCACCUUCACCCACUGCUAUCCUACAGCCCUGAGGCCUUCUCCCCUCAAAGGGCCUCACCUAGCUUCUCUUCUGACCCAGUUCCUGUACCAGGUACGUCGAGGAGCCCCCACACCUCCUGCUACCCAGUCUCUCCUGGCGGCAUGGCUCAGAUCCCCCGAUCUCUUGGCUGGCUGCCGAGACAACCCGUGUAUCCCAUCACAGGAGGAUUCUCUCCUGCAGCUUUAGCCAUGAAUGCCUCCAUGCCCAGUCUGGUACCCAGCAGUUUCUCUCCCAGCUUGGUGCUAAAUCCCCAGUCAUCGAUUCCCCACCCUGCCAUCGUUCCCGCCGUGAAGCAGGAGCCUGCAGGCAGCAGCGGCUACCAGCCUGGGAAGAUGACAUCUGUUGCUGAACACGAGAAAGAGGAGGAAAAGAAGCCUCACAUCAAGAAGCCACUCAACGCUUUCAUGUUGUACAUGAGGGAGGAGAGGCCCAAAGUGGUGGCCCUGUGUAAAGUAAAGGAGAGUGCCACCAUCAACCAGAUCCUGGGACAGAGGUGGCAUUCUCUGUCCAAAGAAGAGCAAGCCAAAUAUUAUGAGAUGGCUCGUAAAGAGAGACUCCUCCACUCUAAGCUCUAUCCCAACUGGUCAGCCAGAGACAACUAUGGUAAAAAGAAGAAGAGGAAGAGAGUCAAGAACGACACUCAGCUUGAUGCUGCUGAAGAAGACUUCCCUCCACAGCUGAAGAAACCUUGUGAGGGGACGCCACACACACAUGCCCCCCUUACACAUGUGCCACACACAAACACUCCUCUCACACUUGCUCCGCACACACACACCUCACACACACGGCCUCAACUGACACAGCCACACACAGUGUCUCACCUGACACACACCCACCUCUCUCAGGCCAGCCCCGCCUCCUCACUCGACUCCCCAGCGACCCCCACCACAACGCUGGCCUCACCUGCUGCCCCGGCUGCCACACACACCGAGCACACACACUCGUCCCACAGUGGACACACCUCGCCUUACACCGAGCAGCUGCAGCCACUUUCCCUCACCACCAAACCCCAUCGAAGCCCCCACCACCUGAACCGGAAUACCAGAGCCUCCACGCCCUCCUCCUCCGCAGACACUCCCACCCCCUCACCAUCCGAAGCCUCCUUCAGGAAAUCCCCCCACCAUCAGUUCCUAGCCCCACCCCCUUCCUCCUUAGACCAGUCAGCUGCGAGGUGUCACAGUGCCUUAACUCUUCCUCAGCAGCUCUCACACUAAUCAGUGGAUCAGCUGUCAGGAGUAAAUUACCCAUGAUUCAUGUGUUUUAUACCUCUUAGCUGUAAAUAAACCUCUUUUUUUUAAAGCUUUUAAUAGACCCGUCAUGUUUUAUACUAGUCUGGAAAGGACAUAAUUGGUCAAUAUUUGACUAUAUCCUAAACAUCAACUGUAUUUUUAAAAAAAUUUUUUGCUAAAUUUGUUUUUUGUACUUUUGGAGAGGAGUUGUUACUAAAGCAGGGUGUGGUACAGGGCCUUGUUUGUUUAGAAAUGUAUUUGAGUUAAAACCCAUGUUCUGGUUUGGUUUGUUAAUAAACAUUCACUGAGUUCUGA